AUGGUGGGAAAGAUACAGACUGGUUUCACGGCUCCUGUACCCACACGAAUGCAGAUCUGGGCACCCUGGUGGAAGGUGGACCUGAAACAGAAAUACAAAGUGAAUGUCGUUGUGGUCACCGGCCGGUCAGACGGCUCUAUGGAACGGAUGAUGGGUGCCGAAGUCCGAAUUGGAAAUUCUCCGGACAAUAACAACCCUGUGUAA